AUGUUUACUCACUGCCGCCCGGCGGCCAAGCUUGCCUUCCGCGGCUCGCGCCAGUGUCCGACAGCUAUCCUGGCCACUCCCCGAACGACCCGAACGAACAGAACCUACCACUCCUACGAUCACCCAUCUCCGACUACAUCCUUCAACCCUCAAGAGAAGACGAUCUUGUCUGCCGCCUACAAGCAUGUCCCCGAGCAUGGCUUCACCCAGAAGGCCCUGACUCUCGGCGCCAAGGACGCCGGAUACCUCGACAUUAGCACCAGCGCGCUGGCAGACGGCCCUUUCAGCCUCAUCCGGUACCAUGUUGUGACGAAACGAGAAAGCCUAGCGGCCAAGAGCAAAGACAUGAUCAAUCAGACAACAGAAACUACCGUCGGCGAAAAGGUGGAAUGCAUAACUUGGCAGCGGCUUCUGGAAAAUGAAGCUGUUAUCGACCGUUGGCAAGAGGCUUUGGCCGUCAUGGCACAGCCAAGCUACGCUGCGGCCUCAUUGAAGGAGUUGGCCAAGCUGGCUGAUGAAAUCUGGUUCCUCUCCGGCGACACCUCUGUUGACCCCUCUUGGUACACCAAGCGCGCAAGCUUGUCCAUGAUCUAUGCCUCCAGCGAGCUGUUCAUGACUAACGACAGGUCACUCGGCUUCCGGGACACCAGAGACUUUCUCCAAAGGAGACUGAAGGAGGUUCAAGAAGUUGGUGGCGCUCUUGGGUCUUUGGGUCAAUGGGUUGGUUUCACGGCUAGCGCGGGUGUCAACGUCUUGAGAAGUAAAGGACUUCGAAUUUAG